UCUACCAAGAAACGAGCAAACAAUAGCAAACCUAACACCAAGACUGGUAAACGAAGAAGCCAUCAGCAGAGCGGCCAACAACGGCGCGAUGGAUCCGACCGAUACGGCCUUCUUUGCGUUCCACUCGCCUAAGGCAGCCGCUUUCGCCGGGCAGAGCGCUGCAAAGACACCCCCAGGGCAAAGUUUCGACAACGCAGCACACGCGCAAGGGGGAUUCCGUGGCCGUGGACGAGGCCCCUACUUUACGGGCGAAUGGCGAGGACGCGGCAGAGGCAGAGGAGGAAGAGGAGGUAGAGGUGGUGGCAGCUCCAAUCCGCACAACCACUCAUACGCACGAAAAGAUGGACAACAACAAAACGAUCAGCAGCAAAGCAGCCAACAUGCCGGCUCAGUCGUCUGCUUCAACUGCAAUGGAAAUGGACACAAAGCUUAUCAGUGUCCAACAAAAAGAGAAGAAGAACGUGGUCAGGCGAGACAAGAAAAUUUCAACAAGAAAAGAGGUUUUGGUUGUAUCUCUUCGUCAUUGUGUCUGGUUGCACGGGAACACAAGACUCAACUAAUCGAAGGUGUAGAUGAAAGCCAAGACACUCCCGAUAAUCAAGAUGCAUCAGUCGAAGAAGCUCCCCAAGUCGAGGCCUUAGAGGAGGAGAUUGAACGGGCUCCUGGCGGCAGAAAUGAAGAGGGUACGGAAGUCCUCGACGUUGCGAAUGCGGAACCUGUUCACGCUGUGACUCCUGAUCACGCCAACAAGAAUCAAGAAGUGGAUGAAGUCCCCAACGUUGACGCCUCACCAAUAUCGAUUCACGAUUCACACAAUUAUCGAAGGUAA